GUCUGGACCAGGCACAGGAGUCCUGGUGUAUACAGCUGUCAUCGCUAUGGAAACAGCACUAAUCCCUGUUUGGAGCCUCCUCACAUCCACACCAGCCCGCGGACAUUCCUCCAAAGUUCGGCUGGAAACCCAACUUGUGCUCAGCUGGAGGAGCUGAAGGCAUCUGGAAGGACGAGCGGACACAGAAGACUAUGACCAGUUCCCUGGAGAAGGUCGUGGCCCAGAAGAAGGAGGCCAUCGAGGCUGUGAUGGACAUGUUCGAGAAGGGCGCCGAGGUGAUGGCCAGCACCGUGGGGGAGCUGUUCCCCCUGUGUGAGGCCGCCGCUCCCGUUCUAAGGCUGACUUUAGACAACGUCCUGAGCAAAGAGGUGUUCUACGUCAAAGAGCAGUUCCUGACGCUGAGGGACAAGCUGGACAUGUUGUCUCUGCAGCUGGAGGACAUCGACAACGAAAUCAAGAAGGGGAGGCUGGACUCGCACUACUUCUCGGUGGAGGAGAACAUACGCAACCAGUUUCGGAAGUACAUGGACAUCCUGGAGGCCAAGCAGCAGUUCAGGGAAGUGAAGACUAGGCUGUUCCUGGAGCACUUCAGCAAAACGGGAGGAGAGAAGAACCUGCAUGUGCUGUACGACGCUCUGAUGGGGGAGAGCAGCUUUGGAGAGUCGGUUUUAGAGCUGGUGGAAAGGUACGUGUCCAGGAACCGCCGUCUCCUGGAGGACUUCUGCGUCCGUAUGAAGGAGCUCUUCUGUUUGGGUCUGAUCGCACUGCUGGGCCACUGCGCCUUAACUCAGGCUCCAGAGGAAGAACAAGACAAGAUCCAAGCAUGGAGCAGUAAAAUUGAAGAAGUCGAGUCCAAAAUGAAGAUGACGGUUGAGUCGUGCAUCGCUGCCUUCCCGGACCAGGCCAAGUCCGACUCCCAGCGCUUCCUGCAAGAAAAAGACGAGCAGAACCUGCAGGAGACCACUCAGCAGCUUCUGGAGUUUUUAAUGAAGAAGUACGACUGGGUCAGCUGGUCGGUGCGCCUCAUCCACCACUCGGGCAGCACCUACCGAAACUGGCGAGCCGGCGAGCACUUCCACCAGGUGGCGGGACAGAACUGGUUCGAGGUGCCGCAGGUGAACAACAUGGACCUGGUGGUGUCGUACAGCACCAAACCCACGCCGGUGCCGCGCCACUGCAUCCAACAGGUGAUGGAGGUUCAGGGGAGGAAGGGAAACGCCCCCGCCGUGGUGGAGGCGCUGGAGAAGCAGUUGGAUGGGUUUGUCGUCCACGCCGUCAGUCGCCACAAGGAGAGCGCAGCUGCAUGGAGCUUUCCAGAAGACUGUCACUACUGGGACCGACACAAGAACGUGGCGCUGUGUGUUCAUUCUGAGUAGAUGAGAUGGACCGAACACGGAGCCAGGGU